AUGGCUGGAGAUGCACAAGAGAUUCCACGGCUUGAGCUGGAGGCUGUAAUUGGGUUCAACGGACAUAUAUUUUCUGGCCUCAGGGUGCACUCAGACAGAGAACACUUAAUCUAUCCUCUUGGUUGCACUGUUAUUUUGAAGAGCCUGAAAGACCGCAAACAGGAGUUCCUCCAUGGACACACCAACAACGUCGCCUGUGUCACUGUGUCCAAAAGCGGACCCUACAUCGCUUCUGGACAGGUCACCUUCAUGGGCUUCAAGGUUGAUCUGAUCAUCUGGGAUUAUGAGAAGAGAGCGAUCCAUGCCAGACUACAGCUCCACAAAGCGAAGGUGGAGGGACUUGCCUUCUCCCCCAAUGACAAGUACCUUGUCUCCCUGGGUGGACAGGAUGAUGGAAGCAUUGUGGUGUGGGACCUUGAGAGCAAAGAAGCGAUCUGUGGGAGCCCGGCCUCUGCCCACAGUGCAGGCCACUGCCUCACCAUCGAGUACACCAACCACAGCGACACCAUCUUCAUCUCCGCCGGCAAUGGCACAAUCCGUGUUUGGGAGCUAGACCUUCCAAAUAGGAAGAUCCGGCCUACGGAAUGCCAGACAGGACAGCUGAAGAGGAUUGUCAAAUGCAUUGAGAUCCCAGACGAUGACCUUUUCUUUUACUGCGGAACCACCAGUGGUGACAUCCUGAAGGUCAACCUGAAGACCCGCCUCCUCAACAGCUGUGGGCCACGAAAACAGACAUUCAGCAAGGGUGUGAACACACUGAAGGUGCUGAAGUCUGGAGACAUCCUGGUGGGCAGUAAAGUGGGCCUUUUAACGCUAUGUGUAGAAGUACAUAAUGUACUCAAUGUGGCAUUCUGCCAUUCAUCAUCUAACCCUCAUAGGAAGGUUGAGUUGGAGGGGGGAGUGACGUCCAUCGCUGUGAGAGGCGAGGGCCACCAGUUCUUUGCAGGAACGGAGGCGGCUCAGAUCUACCGUUUUGGCAACACAGACUUCAAAGAGGAGCUGAUCGCCACCAGUCACAACAGUGCAGUCCAAGACGUGGCCUUCCCUUUUGGCUCGUCGGAGCUGUUUGCCACGUGUUCCCAGGAUGACAUCAGAGUGUGGCACGCUGAGACCUCGCUGGUGCGGAUCUCCGUCCCCAACAUGACCUGCAACGCCCUGGACUUCAUGAUCGACGGACACAGCAUCAUCAGUGCCUGGAACGAUGGGAAGAUCCGUGUGUUUGCCCCAGAGACUGGCAGAGCCAUGCUGGUCAUCCACAAUGCCCACGGCAUGGGCGUGACUGCCAUCGCUGGCACCAGGGACUGCAAGAGGAUCAUUAGUGGAGGAGGAGAGGGACAGGUGCGUGUGUGGGAGAUCCUGCUGGGCUGUCACCGGCUCAUUGAGACCAUGAAGGAGCACAAAGCCACCGUCACCAGCAUCAAGAUCAAGAGCAACGACAAGGAGUGUGUCACCGCCAGCUCGGACGGGGCCUGCAUCAUCUGGGACUUGGUGCGUUUUGUGAGGAAUCAGAUUGUCCUGGCCAACACUCUGUUCAGAAGUGUGUGUUACCACCCUGAGGAGUACCAGAUCAUCACCAGUGGCACCGACAGAAAGAUUGGUUACUGGGAGGUGUAUGACGGCUCAGCCAUCAGAGAACUGGAGGGCUCCCUGUCAGGAGCCAUCAAUGGCAUGCACAUCUCACAGGACGGACAGCACCUUGUCACUGGUGGAGACGAGAAGCUGGUGAAAGUGUGGGACUACUCAGAGGGCGAGGUGACCCACGUAGGCGUCGGCCACACCGGCAGCAUCACCAGCGUCAAGAUCUCCUCCAACAACAGGAGCAUGGUGAGCACCAGUGUCGAUGGGGCCGUGCUCCGGUGGAAGUACCCCCACCCCUCCUCUCCCUAG